UUCUUUAACAGAGCAGAAAAGAAAAGUUCUAAAUAUUUACGGAAUAAAAGUUAAAUAUUCUAUGAAAAAAAAAUAUGACAGGUUUUUGUUUGAACUGCCAGUUUUGCUUUGCUGCUUCUAGAAUAUUUUGCUAUGAAUUUUGUUGUUGCUGCAUUCAUAAGAAAAAAGAUUUAAAAAGGAAUUUAAAUGUUCUUGUCUUAGGAUUAGAAAGUUGUGGUAAAAGUUAUCUUUUGGCAAGUUUAUGCGGAGAAUCUACAAAAGAUUUAACACCAACUAAUGGUUUUUCUAUAAAAGAUGUAUCUUUUAAAAAUUACACAAUGCACAUGAAAGAAUUGGGUGGUUCAGAAAAAGUUCAAAAAUAUUGGAGUCAUUAUGUGGACAACACAGAUGGAAUAAUUUGGGUAGUUGAUGGCAGUUCAAGUGACCUGAAUGGUUCAAAAUCAGUUUUACAUUCGGUAUUGAAAUACAAAGAGUUGCAUAGCAAGCCUUUAUUAGUUUUAAUUUCAAAAGCAGAAAAUCUUUCAAAGGAAUAUGUUGCUGAAGAAUUAGAGUUAAAAGAUUUUUGUGCAAAUGAUUCUUUUAUAAUAGAACCAUGUACUUCUGUUGAAUAUGUAAAAGAUGUAUUGCAAAGGUUUGCCAAAAUGAUAACAUUUCCAGAAAUUUCAGAUGAAAUUAACAGAUGAAAUUAAUUAAAUAUUAAAACAUUUUCUAGUGGCAAUAUUUAUUUUGGUUAGCAUUUCGAUUUCAUUUAUAUUUAACCAAAGUUAAGAAAGUUUUUUGUUUUUCAUGUUA